AUGCCCUGGCCGGACCUGCUGCCUUCAGCCCUCCUCGGCCCUCGCACGGCCUUCAAGGAGGAUCUUCAAGCACCUCCGGCGGAGAUGUACGGCGUGGCCCUACGCAUCCCCGGAGAAUUCUUUGUUACAGACAGCGUGCCAGCGGAACCGCAGGAGUUCCUGAGUAAGUUCCAGAACCUCAUCCGCGUGGUGAGACCAGUCCCAGCGGCCCACCACUCUAUACGACACCCAUUCCAGCUGAACGGUCUGCAGUCGUGUACACACGUUUUCAAGAGGGUGGACACCAUACGCAAGCCGCUAGAACCACCAUACACGGGCCCACACGAAGUGGUCAGAAGGUUAAACGAGAAAACCUACGUCAUCCGCGUCAACGGCCAGGACAAGACCGUUUCUACUCAUGGUCUUAAGCCAGCCUUCCUGGAACUAGCCGACAACCGGCCAUCCCAGCCGGCCGCAUCAAACAGCAACCAGCCGCCCCAGCUGGCGGCAUCAAAUAGCCACCAGACGCCCCAACCGGCCACAGCAGACAACACCACUCCUCGACCUUCCACGUGCAUGAAGAAUGUAUCGUUCCCUUCGUCGGAGACGAAUGUCUCUGGGGGGAGACUGGAUGUGGCGGUCGAGCCUCGCCUGCCGUCACCGGCGGCGCCACCGCAUAGGGCGGCCUCACGUAUGAGGAAGCAAGUUCUGCAAUCGCGCCCGGUCUUCUGA